AUGAUCACGGCUGCAGGACGGAUGCCGAUCACACAUAUCGUGCUGAAACGUGCACUGCACUCAACAGCACGAUGUGAAAACAUUCCUCGCUCACCAUUUCAGGUGUUUGUGGACACUCUGCGUCAAGAGUUGACCAAGUCGCGCGAGUUUCAAGACAAUUUGAAGCAGUUGCAGGGUGAGUCGGCCAAGUUCCAGGACUCGGAAACCAUGCGCAAGGCGCGUGAAGCGUAUGAGCGUGCUCGAAUUGUGUCCUCGAUCAAGCACAAUCCGCGUCUGCAGGCCGCAGCCGAGCAGCUGCGAAAGAAUGGUGGGCAGAUCAGUGCAGCCAUCGGCACGACGCUGCGACAAAUGGAAGAGAGUGAGCUGAUGCGUUCGCUUUCGGCCAUGUCAAGCCGUAUUCGCCGGCAGCUAGAAGAAUCGACGGCGCCUGUGCGCAACACAGAAGUAUACAAGGCGUUUGCUGAGACCAUCAAUGAGGCAUUUGACGACGGCAACUCGGGCAUUGACAUUCGCCUAGCACAGGGAACCAGCGCCGCUGAUGCGCGUCGCAUAAAGCGCGAAUUGCGUUUGCGCAAGAUUGGACGUCGGCCGCCCGUACACGAUGUGGAAGCGGAACCUGUUGAUCCCAUCGUGGCAGCCGCUGCUGCGGCCGGAGAGGCAGCCGGUCGUGAGACGUCUGGCGCCGAGGCCCCAGCUGACCAGCCCCCACCCGCACCCAAGAGGUUGGGCGGCUAUGCGGUCAUGAACCGCGUGAAUGAGAAUGCGAAUGCAGGCAGCGACCUUGUGUUGGCGCCUGAGUCAGCGCAAGGAUCGCGGUGGGAGAAGUUUACGCAGCAGAGUCCCAUUAUGCAGCGCCUGUCCGAGUGGCACGAGCAAUAUCAAGACUCGGAAAACCCCUUCAUCGAGCGUCUGCGUGGCGUGACGAACCGCGUGGCAUCAUGGUUUGAAGAGAACGAGACGGCGCAGGUCGUGCGGUCUAUCAAGCAGCUCGAUCCUUCCUUCACCCUCGCUGGCUUUACGACCGAGUUGCGUGAGUACGUCGUGCCGGAGGUGUUGGAUGCAUACCACACGGCGCAGCGCAACCUGCUGCGGCAAUGGUGUGGUGAGGCGACGUUCAAUGUGCUGAUGGCGACGCUGGAACCCUACAUGAAGCGUGGCUACGUGGCGGACGGCCGUAUUCUCGACCUGAGCAGUGUGGAUGUGGUACAGGGCAAGAUGCUGGAGACCGGCCCGAUGCCUGUGCUCGUCAUCACGUUCCAAACGCAAGAACUCAUGUACUUUAAGGACCCGAAAACCGGCGAAAUUAUCGAUGGCAGCGUCGAGCAAGCCAUCCAGUGCCGCUAUGCCAUGGUGUUGACACGCGUGGAGUCGGAGUUGGAGAAUGAGAUCACGGGUGGUUGGAAGAUUAUCGAGCUCGCCCGCCGUGGACAGACAGCCUUUAUGUAG